UAGCGAUGUGGGCAUCCUGAUGAGUCUCAACUAUAUGAUGAACUAAAUGACGAAGCCUGCAACAUGCUGCACUCGGUAACCUGCCAGUUGAUAAAACGUAUUGCGGCAGAUAAUCCUAUUUAGUGAUAAGCAGCUACUGCACGUAAAAUUCUUCUGUUCGAUAUAUGUUUUUCGAUUAAAGUAGUUGAGUUAGAUUCGUGUGCGGGUGUAUGCUUUCACAUUGUAGAAGUCAAUCAAAAAGCCAGGCAACAUCUCAACCGAUCGAUGUUACCGUGCUGGUAAGCAUUAUAGAUGGGGAGACGGGACGGCCGAUAAACAUCGCGCUGCUUCCUUAUUAACUGACCAAGUCUGGUCUGGCAAAGGCCUCGGAUCAAUUACUACAAAUCGGAGGACCCUGACCCGUACGUUUUCGCCCGCUCUUCCCUUCUAGACAAACCAGCUGAAGUGGUAAAACGUGGCCGCCUAGUAAACAGCUUGCGCCUUUACAACACGAUAACAUCUACGCGAUACCCACACAGCUGUUACACUCUGCGAAUUAGCUGUUGACGUCUGGACGUUCGGUCAUCUUGCCUCCGCGUUGAAACGAGUUUUCUAUUACUGGCUGGGGUACUAGCGAGAGCAGAUUACGCAUACAAGCUUGGAAGACAACAAGUUCCCCCGAUGUUAUAAGAUCAUCGGUUUCGGCAGUCUGAAGCUUCAGUCGUUUGCUAUUCGCGGCAGCGGAUUAAUCGGAACUAAUAAUUCUGUGUCUAGCGGAAGUUGAUUACUGAAGUGUGCGUUUUUAUAGAAGACAUAGUGCAAGAUAUGUGAAGUACGGACCCAUAAUUUCGGGGACUAUCCUAUGGUGAUAAACUGCCGUGUGCAAGGAGUUAGGCAGUAGCCAUAUGUGGGCAUGCGUCAGUACGUACAAAUACGACAGUAACUAUCAUUGGUUUUACUUAUAGCUACGAGGUAAAAUUUCAAGUGUAGACGUCAGAAAGGAAGGAAUUCGAUAGUAAGUGGGAAAUCAGAGAAUGGCUAUGGUAUAGCUAUUUGUGGUCGUGCUUAGAUUCUCCAUGUGGUUGAAUGGAAUUAAUAGCCUACAUACGACAGGCUCGUUGGUGUUGACACUUUUGCAUGUGGACUAUGGUGUUUAAUUAAAUGAGCAGACGUUUUGGUUUCUGUGUACGUAAAUAGGAGGAACACUGCUAUCGAUGUAAACGUGGUUCCUCUACCUGAAACGGUGUUCGAUCGACUCAAUGCGCCUGUGACGCGUAGUCAGUACUGCAUGCUGUAAAGGACAUAGACUCAUGUACGAUUUGCAUACUUCCAUUCUGAGCAGCUGUCGGAAACGGCUAAACAAGCAGCGACAACCUGGUUAACCAAUGGCGCUGAUGUCUAUGGCCAUUAAUAAGCCUGUGUGGGGAACCUAAUUAACGCAAUUUUGGCCGUGGAUCCCGCACCACCUACUGGGUUGCAUUGGAGAACUACUUCGAUAGGCGCUUCAGUUAAAAGGUAUUGUUUCGCCCCUCUGUGGUGAAUGUUCAACAAAAAUUUCAGAUAUCCGCGCACGUUGGCUGGGUCAGAUUGACUUAAAAAGGCCUUGAUCGAUAGCUCCACCGUUGGCCACCGUUGACGCGCAUCGGCCAGCGGCCAGCGAUAUGAGUUCAGCGUCGCAGAAAGACCUGAAGCAUGCUGUCAAGACCGAAGACAUCCAGGCGAUCAAGCGUAUUUUAACAAAGAGGACGCCUAUAAAACAAAAGCUACUGAAUGCAACGAGACGUAUUCAAGCGAACGUGAACUUCCAAGAUACCGAUGGAGUAAGUGUAUUGCACCAGGCCGUAGCUCAAAGUUCCGAAAAAGUUGUCGAAUGUUUACUGGAACAUGGCGCCCAAUUGGACCUCAAGGACAAGCGCGGUUUGCGCCCCCUACAUUAUGCUUGUUGGCAAGGCGAGGCUGGCCUUGCAGAGACCCUUCUCCGGCGUGGCGCCUGUGUGAACGAGGCAUCGUUAUCUGGUGACACUCCACUACAUCUCGCCGCUCAGCUCGGUCACGCCACUGUGAUCCAGACGCUGAUGUACUAUCAUGCAAGCACACUAUCGCGAAACCAUGAACAAAAGACGCCGCUAGACCUCGCUGCGGAGUUUGGUCGUCUAAAAGCUGCGCAACUCCUCUUGGGCUCUAACAGAUGCCGCCAACUUCUGCAGGACUCAAAUCAAGACAUAGCUGAUAACAGCAGGACGACAGCCUUACAUCUGGCCGCACGGAAUGGACACGUUGAGCUCGUUAGGUAUUUGUUGGACCUCGGCGCCAAUGUGGACCGGUGUACAUUGCGAGGUACAGCCCUUCAUGAAGCUGUUUUCGGUGGUCGACCUGGGACGACCGCUUUACUCGUUUACUCCGGCGCGACACUCACGAAGGUAAACCCGUCUACCGGCCUCACACCGAUGGAUGUUGCGGUUCGGGCGACGCCACCAAAUGAAAGGAUCAUCGAGACGCUGAAUGAGAUGUCAAAGGCGAUUGAAGCUGUUGCAAUCCAGGACUAUUCAUCUGACGAAGGCUGGAGCUUCUCGAAGGGCGACCGAGUUGUCGUCUUCGACGUUUCAAAUGAUUUAGCGAAAGGCGUUCCGCUUCCUUCGAACGCUUCGUUCUGGGUUGGACACAAUGGUAAUGCAAGUUACCCUCAUCAGUGUGAAGCAAACAAUAUCGCGAACAAUACGAAUAACCGCGACGCUUCCGCCGUUGGAGGUCACGGGAAUAACAACAAUCAACUAACCGGAAACGGUGGCCACGCAUACAACAACCCUUUGCCCGUCCUCCCAGCGUCGAAAAUCCCGCGACGGGUUGUCAAUAUACCAAUAAGCGUUCUACACAUCCAUGACAACCAAGGCGGACUUCAACGAAAUGGCACACUUCGUUCGUCGACGAUCAAGAAAGUCGCACCCCCCACGGUACCCGAUUUAACCAACAAUAAUCCUCCGCUCGCCGCAAGUGUGCCCCAGCCGAGUGGAACACUCGUGGCCAUAUCGAACAGCGGCGUUAAUGUCGCUAGCGGUGGCGGAACUUUGACCGCUGGUCAGUCAUGCCAGACCAAUCAAGGCAACCAGGUACCGCUCAAUCGACUGUCCUGUUAUUCCACGGGUUCAUCUGGUUCGUCACACUCGUCUGGUAGCUCAUCGGUGGCGACCUACGACAGCGAUUCUGUUGUUUACCAGUCCACAACCAUCAUGCACCAUCUGCCUCAUGUGCAACAGUCUUCAUAUCAUAGCGGACAGCAGCAAUUGCAAAAGCACCACGUGUUGCACCACUCCCGACCGCCGAUGCGUCCGUCCUCUCCAGAAUACGGAACGCUAAAGCAUCUACACGACGGCGGAGUGCAUCUUAUGCUGGAUACAAAUGCUCUUUCUGGCGUAGGCGUUCGACCUCGUUCUCAUCCGGGGACGCCUCAGUCACCCCCUCCGCCCUUGCUCGGUUCAACCGGCGUCGAUUCGCACCGUCACCAGAGCAUUCACAUGGGAAUGGGGAUUCUGACCAGCACCUGCGAGUACGCCAUACCACCAGGAGCGACCAGUGGGGUCGGGAGUGCGGCUUGUGGCCCCAUUUAUAUGAUAGGCACUGGCGGAAGCAGCAGUGGCGUUGCUGGAAGCAACAACACAAGCAGUAACCUAAACAACAACGGAGUACUAAGUAGCGGUGUACUAGGGUCCUCAGGUACGAUACAGUAUCAUCAGCAACAAAACCAGCAACAAUUAGCCCAACAACAACAACAACAACAACAACAACAGCAGCAGCAGGGAAUACAAAGAGUUGGAAAUGCUAGUGCGACGGCAAUCGCGCCUUCCACAAUUGGCUAUAUAUCGUCUAGUGGAGACAUCCGCAACUCGAGUUCGAGUCUCGAUUCCGGCCGAGGGUCGAGCAGCUCCGGCUCAGAAUCCUCGUCGUUUACGUCAACAACCGGAAACUCUGCCAAUAACAAUAUCAACAGUAAUAAUAAUAACAACAACAAGGACCCUGUUGUAUUCUGCCGACUGUCGCUUGGAGUGUGUAGUGGGUCUAGUGCAGGUGGUUCGGCCACGAGCCUUUCAUUAAUGUCGUCUUGUUCAUCGACUUCGUCAAACGGCGAUAAUUCGCCGUCACCUAAUGGACAGCUCCAACAACAGGUCAACGUUGCGCAUCUGCUUCUCAACGGAAUACCGGACCAGGAGGUGUUGUCUCUGUGGUUAAAAAAUCUCCACUUUGAGGAAUAUCUUCCGCUAUUUGUUAACUCAGGGUAUGACAUGCCGACUAUCUCAAGGAUGACACCUGAAGAUCUUACGGCCAUUGGCAUCACUCGGCCGCAGCACCGGCGCAAGCUCAAGCAAGAAAUUUCAAAGCUAAACAUUUCAGACGGAAUUCCCGAUUACAAACCAGAUAAUCUGUUAUUAUGGCUCAAACUUCUUCGACUCGACGAGUACGCGCCAGCAUUGGCGGCCCAAGGAUACACGAGUAUUGACAAGCUUGUUGCAGAGCUCGCGUGGGAGGAUCUUGAAGAGAUCGGCAUUUUGAAACUCGGACAUCAAAAGAAGCUGAUGCUGGCGAUUAAGAAGGUGAAAGGCCAGAAAGGUCUGUACGGAUCGCUUCCGGGAGCUGGUCAAAGUGGUGGUGUGGGUCAGUCGCUUGGGAACAACAACAAUAACAAUCAAACGCCGAUCAUUGUGACACGUCACCCGAGCCUUGACAUGGGCAAUCCCCAUGCAAGACCUAUUACUGUCCCGGUUCCUCCGAACCAGUAUGAGGCCCUAAAUCAACCCGGCCGUAUGGUGAGCUUCUUGAAUAAUCGCGGCGGAGCCUUGCGGACUGUAGGCUCAGGGAGCGACCUUCAGCGUAUGGACAAUGAAGACCAACAGCUUUAUAUGGCCCUCGAACUCAACAAUCAGAAAAACCAGCGAGCAACCGGCCGGUCGCUUGAGUCCCUGCAGAAUGACAUGUAUACCUAUCAACAGCAAGAUUUAAACGGUGGCAACAAUUGGCGAGCGAAGCAGUUCGAUCACCAAAUCGGCACUUCUUAUGAACCUAUGGAGGGUACUGCGACGCUGCACCGUCCCCGUGGCUUGGUCAAACCCCGACCUGUGGCUAAAGUAACUGGAACAUCAACGACUUCGCUGCGAGACACGCUCAGUGAUGAAGACGCGGACGCAUUGUCAACGAAGGACACGAGCAAUUUGAAGGGGAGCACCAACGGUCAAUCGACUAACGUCACGACCCCUGGCGCCAUGUCAAAGCGUAUUUUGGCACCGCUUCCACCCGCAAAGCCGCCCCUGUCUGCUGGAGUGGUCAGCGUCGUUGGCGUCGCCGCACCCGGCAGUGACGCAUUAGCCGACACAGCGUUUGCCACAUGCGUCCAGUCGCUUACGUCCCGUUUUACCUUAGCGACCCUCGGCGGCGAUCGGGAGGACAAAGACGAAGCUCUUCCGGCGGUGCCGCCGCCAAUGAAUGCAACGCUGAGGAGCAUCUCUAAAAUCAACCAAAUUGCCGCCCAGUCACAGACUUCAGUUCAACAACAGAAUUCAGUUCAACAGGACUUAGAACAGCAACAGUCUCCGCCAGGAAGUGCUGCUAAUUCUACCGGGAAACCGUCACAUCGGGGAAGCGUCGAAGAGAUGAAUAAGGCAAACAUGGUAGCGAUGGCUAAUGCACAGCAGAUGACUGCUGGACUAAUUACUGACCGACAAGAGCCUCCCUCGCCACCGCAGCGAGACUAUCCCGUGACGCCAACAGGCCGCGAUCUGGACCAACGUCGCUUGUCUUCAGGUGACAGCAGUAGUUCGUCUAAUAGCAAUAGCAGUCAUACUAACAGCGGCGACAGCGCGAUCAGCAAGGUCCACAGCAACGAUAAAGUUAACGGAGCGCAAAGCUACCCCUCAGCUACACUCCAUUCCCCGGCGAACAGUAUUAUAAGUCAAGUGAAAAGGCAGGGCUCAAACUCGAGCUUGACGAGCGACUGUGGGAUUCCGUUCGCCAACGAGAACGUUGGUACAAUCAAACAGAAACCACCCCAUCCGCCAACCCCCGACUACGAAUCACCCCUACAGGCAAAAGCUUCUACCCCCUCCGGAAAUCCUCUACUCACUAGCGCAGUAUCAGUUGGCGCCACCACCGUGUCGACCAGCAACAUUUCGAAUGCAGCGAGUCCACCCCACCAACCGAACCCAUUGUCUAGUACCUCAUCCGCCGUCACAUUUGAGAUGUGCAGCACUCUUCCGCGCCGAGCGAAACCGGCCCCUGCGCCCGAGAUGGGCGGCGGGGCCGCGUUGAUCCCCAGCAGCAGUAAGAAGAGUUUCGCUGAUUCGCCCCUGCUUCGUCGAAGCCAGUCGGCUCGAAGUCGAGAGCUUGCUCUUCCCGAACUUACUCCCCCACCGCCGCCAGCACCUCAUCCGCCUUUGCCACCAUUAGCCCUGAUACGGGGAACUCCCAAUUCCGUAGGGACGGUCGUCACAACUAAUGGUCUCUCCGGCAGCAGCAGUAACAACGGUGGUAUGCAGGCCUGUGAAACAGGUGGCGACACGCCGCACAAAGUAGCCGUUAUCGAUGACAUUGAGCAUAUGCUGGCCAGCCUCACCGAUCAGUUGGAUGCAAUGCUAGAUCAUACCGCCUAAGAAUUGCGCUCAUCCCUAUCGCCAGUACUACAAAUUAAUGACGACUAAAAAGCAAAUAAGCAAAUCAUGAAUAAAGUAAUUCUAAUAAAGUAUGUCUAGGGACGAAUAAAUUUUUUAGAACACAAACUGAUACUACACCUGCAAAUCACCUAAGAGCGACCCUUACACAAUUGGUUUUUCUCUGUUAAAGGCAUCUAGUGUCGCACUAGUGCAAUAAGUAGGAAAAAAGAUAAGGUUGAUAGCUGUUUGGUCUACCUUCAGAAUGGUGCCACAAUAUAUAAAAAAAAAAUCAUCAAUCGUUUCCUGAAUUUGUGCUAAGGAAAUUGUUUCCGGACGUUAAAUUGCCAGGGGUGAUAGUACAAGACUUGAGUGUUUUGAAGGCAUGUGUUUCGGUAAUCUAUAGCGAGGUAAUAUACCUUUUCGAUUAUCGCCUCCGAUAGGCAGUACAGAAGAGCACCAACAAACGGAUGAUUGAUGAAAUAGUGUAUUUCAUUUACGGCGCAAUGAAAACGAUGUGUUGUCUGUGGGUUGACGUAAAAAGCGUAGUUUUAAGCUAUAAAUAGUGCAGUGGUGUAUCUUUCUAUGAUUAAGGAUAACUUAUAAUGAUCCAGGACGAUGCUAACAACGACAACGCUGAUCAUGAUAAGGAUGCAGAUGAUGUUUCUGUCUUAGGCCAGACUAGUUCUGCAUUUAACGGUCGCUUGCUAAAUGGCAGGAUACCUCAUCGUGGGUUGCCCCACCCCUUGAAACCUUUAUUGGCAACACGUUUUCUCCCUCUAACCCGUAUCGUAUUCAAUCGAUGUAUAAAGUUUUCUGCACCAUAUGGAACGGCAGCGAGGGACAACAGUUUCGAUUAACUGCAUGUUUACUACUAUUAUUAUUACUUUCCGGGAGAAGUUUCCGGGAUUACCUGCAACGGCACCUGUGCAAAUCAAAACGAAUCCAGCGCAGGCUUCAGAAUGUAACUUCAUUCAGUAAAACAGAAAAUACUGAAAGCCACAUGUGAGAAUCGUUGUAAAGUUAACGUAUUGUGGAGUAAUUACCAACACCGAUCCAUUCACACUUUUCCUAGGUGUGAACAAGUUAUGAGACAGAAUAAUCUACUAAUUUAAUUUUCAUAGUAGAUUACCUUAAGCAAUCGUUUUUGGUUUUCGGAUCAAAUCUUCGUUAUCGUUAUCAGUCUCGUUAAUAUGCAAAUCGAUGCGCCUAGUUAGAUAAAAAAAAAUCCGGUAGAGAUAACAUUUUCCAGAACAAGCUCAUUAAUUAACAGAGCUUCAAUACUGGGCCAAUAUUAAUCAUGUCAAAUGCUUGAACGGCGCACGUAAGUGCAGUCAUUGUUAUGGUAUUGGGAAAAGUGCGUCACAUCCGUGUCAAGCUAAAUUAAACAAUUAUGUAGCACGAACAUGUAGCCUAUAGGUACGGCUUACUCUUGUAGUUACUAUUUUCAUUGUUGUGACAUGUGUUAACGUAAUCAAAUUGUAGUACUGGAAGGAAACGACCUACCUCAAAAUGUUGAAAGCAGUAAUCCGUUGUUUAGAUGUUGUGCGUCGUGGGGACAGGCAGCGGAUAUAGCAGUUGUUUACAACAAAACCAAUUAACUGGCACUGCGAAAUAUUGGCUUCGAAGAAGAAGCCCUACUUUAAAAGCUAGAAGACAAAUAAGAGCAGGACAAUUUCUACAUGUAUUAUGAGAUAUCUAUUUGAUAGUAAACGCACCCAAACACGGCUGCCUGUUGAGAGUUGUACAAAAAUCACGUUAAAUCCCUAGAAAUUGCGUAGGCUUAAAGUGUUACGGGCUAUAACAGUCGGAGGCAAUGCCCAGCGGCAGUACCGAGCAUAAAACAUGUAGGUUAUAAGCUACUAAUCCAAGUAGAUGAUAAAUGUAGAGAAAAUCAGCUAUCGAAUAUAAGGCAGGUAGCUCGAAUAAAUGUGGAAGGGCCACGGGUUAAGAUAAUAUGAAGGGUGGGCUUCGCGAAAGGUGGGUCCUGCGAUGAAGUGCUUCCAACGCGGUUCAGGUGUGAACAGCACCGCUAUCAUAACAGACCUGAUUAGUCAGUCAUAAGUAAGACGAUUGUCAAUAUCAUAAAAUAAACAAGGUCAGGACCGAGAAAUAAAUAGGCAAAGAAUCAUAGAGGAAAUAUAAAAACGGUUAGAAUAUCUUUUGUAGUUUUAUUGAAAUUACAAUUUUUUUUUCUAUAUGUUUCUCAUCUUCGGUUCUACUUAGCUAACAGUAGAUUUUCAGGGUUAGGCUGAAAGAUCAAGACAUCAAUGGCGACGUUCUCAGCAACGUCUUUUAAGCAUUCGUACAAUUUAAUCUAUUUCUAAGAGUGUGUCUAAAGUAAAAAUUAAAAUAAGAGGCUCCUGAAUAGAAACACAAAUCCUAUUUUUGUGUGUAACUAUUAUUUUCAAUUUCAUUAUUUUUUUUGUUUGCUAGCAGUCAUUCGUUUAAUGUCUCGCCUCUUAGGGCCAUCAUAUAGUCAUCGUCCUGCUUGCUGCUCGACGUCGAACAUAUGGGAAGAGCAUAAGAGGAACGGUCCUGACGGUGGCAAGUAAUAACCAAAGUGACGGAGUCGAAUAAAUAGUUAUGAAGCGAACAGAGCACCGAACAUCCAACCAGGAACACCGUUGACAGAGGCGUACUGUGGCUGUUCCUGUUAAACCGAAUACACCCUGCUCCGUUUCCCAGCCUACCCCCAAACCCUGCCUGCUAUAACACCUCCCGUCCCCUUCUCCUUCUCCCUGAGGCAAAGUAGCUCACCGUUAUCAUCAAGAAAGACAGAGUGCAUGGAGCCGAGGUAAAACAAGAGGGAGACGCGGCGCUCCGUAAGGAAGAAAAUAAGUUUACAAAACAAGCAAGCUCUUUCCUAUCCGCAGCCUCUUCGUUAGUUCGCGUUUAAUGCGCAGUACUGAUCUGCAUAAAUAUAGCAUAAUGUCUGACCAAGUUAGCAGAAAGAACGGAGCGAGAGAGAGAUAGAUAGAUAGAUAGAUAGAUAGAUAGAAAUAGAGGGAGAAGAGGGAUACGGAGAAAUUGAGAUAGAGAUCGAGUCUGCUUUAGCACGCAGAAACAUUGACGCAACUAACAACCCGUACGUAAAGAGAAAUAAACAAACGGGCAAAGAACGCAACAUCUUUGGUUCAAACAGAGACCCUAGCGUGGAUUUCUUCAUUCUUUCCGCAACCUGCUCUUGCCCCCCACAAAAAACAUUUCAGAAGGAUGUUUGUAGGAAAUUGUAGAAAAGUAUUAUUUUACCCGUUCGAACGUACGGGUCCAACGUACAUGUACCAUAGUCACAAACGAGAGACGACAAAGCGAAGGAACCUAUGUAUAACGAAGUAAAAAUGAGUAUAUAAACGAGCAUUACAUGCGCAGAUUAUACCUCGACAAAGGUUGAGAAAAUCGUACAGAUAUGCCAAUGAAAAAAAAAGGUUAGACGAUUGAUACUGUUCAACAAACAGCUAACCGAUGACGCUUUCGUUUGAUUCUAUAGCAGCUUUACGACACAGACUGAUGUUAUCUGUCACUCAAUAGAGGAUGAUAUGAAAGCAGAACUAAUAACACCACGAACUGUGUUGUUAUGAUCACUUUAAGUGCUCCUAUAAGGAUUACGUGUAACGUACAAUCUAAUUAUAUCGCGAUAAUUCUUAUUAUUAGUAUACACCUGAGCGAAUUUAGGGCGUAGCAGGUCCUUCGUUGAGUUGUGAUAACCGAUGUGAGAAAUUCAUUUUAUAGCUGAAAGAAAAAGCGACCGUUAAAGUACGAAGUACCAUCAUAGUACCUACGUUAUGGUGAAUAAUAAAGCCGGAGGGAAAUAUAGUUUUCCACAAAAAAGUUUUCAAAUGUCCUUCACGCGACACGGGACAUACAGCAAGGCCGAGCAGGUGAAGACAAGCCAGUGAGAGCUUAAGAAAAGGACAUGUGAAGGAAAGGCCGCGAGUAGGUCAUUGUUGACGGCGACAUAUUGAAAUGCAAACAUUGCUAAAUAUACGAUUGACAUGUAUAGAGAUGCAUGGUUACGUUGAUCUUCUCCGAAUAAUAGUAAUAAUCAUCACGAAAAUAAAAAGGAUACAAUUGUUCGAAGGCCAAUUGAUUAAGCGGGAAGCAACGAUGGACUCGUCGCUUGGUAAGAAACGAACUUAGCAUCCCCUCGCAGCCUACUCCACCCAUUAUAGAUAAAUGGUAAUAUAGUAAUAUAUAAUAUGCAUAGUCACUCAUAUCCGAGUCGAUGCAGGUGUUUUGUAAAUAAGAGGAACAAGUAUUAUUAAGGAGAAGCAACUUAAGAGAUGAUAGAUAUUUGCAGGAUUACUAUGUAAUGGUGAAGAUAAUCAUUAUGAUGAUUAUGGCAACAAUUGAUGUUAGUGCUAUUACCUGUGGAAACUAGCAACCAUUAUCUAAUAUUAAUAUAUAUACAUAUAGUAAUGAAUAUUAGGAAGAGCACGGUCGACCUUGGGUCAGCCAUGACAGGUGGUAGUUUCUCAUUUGUGGCUUUAUACUAUUUGUAUGGAACUGGUGUUAUUAUUACAGAUAACAAUUAUUAUGUAUAAUUAAUUUUAUUACCAUUAUUAAGCUUUGCGACGAAAAGUUCACGGUGGUGACGAUGAAUGAUAAAACUAACAAUGGGUAAACAAAAUAGCUAGCAGGCGUGCUAAAGAGCAGAUUUCGCCAUAUUUAAAAUACAAACAUUGAUAAUUAACGGGUUGAUUGCAUUGUUAGAGCGAUCUGUCUUGUCCUGCCUCUCCUCUCUGCAAGUACGUACGAUACAGAUAUAUUGUCAUCGUGAGAAUUCUAUCGACUAAAAUUGUAAUUGUCUCUUUUCCUUUAUAAGUACAACUCUUUAUACAUGGCACCCUUAUACAUUAGAUGAUGAAAUGCUAGGACGAAUCGGUGUGAGGCUCAUACGAUAAUGGCGUAUUAGGAACGUCGAAGAGAAUCCAGUUCAAUAUGGGUUGUCGGUAUAAAGCUAAACGUUCAAUGAUGAAUCUAGGCAAUGCAGAAGUGAAGAAAAUAAUAAUGCCAUCAUACUGCUGUUAAAACGACAAGCGUUUAACGGUGACGUAUACGACAGAUGUAUGGGUUAAGUAAUGUGUCCGUUAAAUAGGUCAAAGGCGGGCCGCGAGGGAACGAUAUAGACGAUGGGAAAGAUCCAACAGGAUGUGGCAAAUCAAUAAAUGUUGAAACGAAAGAAGGUGGUAAGGAACUAAUGUUGCUGAUAAGUCGAACAAUGAUUGCUGCGAAAUAAAGAGUAAUGGUAUUAUUGCUAUCAUAUCAUGAAACGCAC